AUGACGGACGUCAAUGAUCUGUUUAAGAGAUCUGGCGGUGGUAGUAAAAGGAAGUUAGACACUGUGCGAGAUCCUAAUGAAAUCUACAAAUCAGCUAAACUGAACGACGGCGACGCUUCUGGUCGGCAUGCGCAAAUCGAAAACGAAACGGAAAACGACGACCAUGUUGCUGCGGGGCCGACAUUCUCAACUGUGGAUGGAGAGGAUGACGACUACGGACCGGAGAUGCCCCCUGACGAUGAUGAAGAGGGCCGUUUUUUUGGUGGUGGAAUCACAAAACAAGAGUCUGAGAUACUCGACUAUGUAGAUGGUCGUGGCGAAGACUCUGCUGCGCCUGAAAAGAUCGACGCGACGUGGCUUAGAAAAACAGCUCUCAGCUUCGAAAAACGCAUUACCAGAAACGCCGAGCUGCGAGCAAAAUUUGCCAGCGACCCGCAGAAGUUUAUCGAGAGCGAGGCAGACCUCGACGCCGCUAUUAAAGAUCUUUCCAUCCUGGCAGAACAUUCUGACCUAUACCCUCACUUUGUCAAGUUGGGCUGCAUUGACAGCCUUGUCGGUCUGUUGGCCCAUGAGAACACAGAUAUUGCUAUUGACGCUGUUGAGAUCAUUGGCGAGCUCACCGACGAAGAUGUGUAUGCGUCCGAUGACGACUGGGAGAAGCUGGCCGAUGCGCUCUUAAAUGCAGACCUCAUUAGUUUGCUUGUGUCCAACUUCUCGCGCUUGAACGAGGAUGACGAGUCUGAUCGCAGCGGAGUAUAUCACGCUCUAAGUGUUAUAGAGAAUCUCCUCUCGAAGAAGGCAAACGCUGAGAGGGUUGGACAGGAUACGGCAUUGAUCAAGUGGCUUUUGAAGCGAGCACAGCAAAAGGAAUCGCCGGUAUCCCAAAACAAACAAUACGCUACAGAGCUCUUGGACAUCAUUGCGCACACAUCGUCAUUAACGCGAUGCAGACUGGCAGAGUUAGACGCGGUCGAUGUCCUGCUCCAGCUAGUUUCAGCUUAUCGGAAACGUGAUCCUGAGAAAGGAGGCGACGAGGAAGAGUACAUGGAGAAUCUCUUUAAUGCGCUUGUUUGCAUUGUCGAUGAGACAGAAGGCAAGACCAAGUUUCUUGAGGCUGAGGGUGUCGAGCUGUGCCUGAUCAUGCUCAAGGAAGGAAAGAUGAGCAAGCAACCCGCGAUGCGACUUCUUGUGCACAGUGUCAGUGGGGAUAUGAACGGAGAGCUCUGUCAAAAAGUAGUUGAAGCUGGUGGUCUCAAAGUCCUCUUUACUCUAUUCAUGAAGACGGCACAGCACCGAGUUAUUACAGAGAGCUUAUUCGACAUAUUCAGAUCUCUCCUUCGGUUUCUUCCUGCGAAUUCGGCCGAGAGGAUAAGAACGUUGGCGAAGUUUGUGGAGAAGAAUUACGAGAAGUUGAACCGUCUUUAUGACUACAGGAGGAUCUACAAGUCAAUGCUCGAAAGAGUGGACAAGGAGAUACAAAAGGAACGAAGCCAAAUGAGUGUUGGAUCCACAGAGCUCCCAGAAGGGCAGUGGUUUCUGAAGAGGAUCGACGAAGGUCUUUACAGCGUCUGGGCCAUUGAUGUGAUUCUGGCAUGGCUCGUUGCUGAGGACGCUGGUGCCAAAAGACGGAUACAAGAACUGCUGGCCACGGACGGCCAGGAUCUGGCGGCCAUCAAAGCAACGCUGAGCGAAUAUCGGGAUGAUCUAGACCUUGAGAAGCCCGAACAUCAAGACCUGGAGGAGAUGCUCACAACGCUAAUGGACUUUUUGAGGUGA